AUAUGGCGGCAUUUUUGAGAGUCUUCGUUUGACUUUACAUCUAAUGAUCCUUAUGCGUAGACUUUACUUUGUAUUCAUUGCACAAACGCUUUAGUUUGUUCUUUAGUGCCAUAAUUUAUUAAUUAUAUGAGGUGAUUGUUUGUGGAUAAGCAGUGAGGCAUUGGAAUCUAGAAGAAAUACACCAUGUCAGUCAAACAAGAAGAUGAUAUUGCCAAACGACUUCAUACUUGGACUGUCCAGGAGAUGCUGUUCAGCCCCCAAGGAGUCCAUGCCAACACCCCCAUUCCUACAGCUGAAAACUUCAAAGAGAUUUGUAAAGGGCCACAGAAAGACAUCUGGAAGUUUAUAAUAGAAAAUGUUCACUCUGCACAGACUGUAAGAAAAGUGAAAGGCAAUAUUGCAUUAAAGGGGGCAAAACCAAAACAAUACAAAGUCAAGUACAAGUCUGAGGAAAAACUGGAUGAGCCAAGACAAAGUCUCCUAGAUAGGAGAGUUCAAUUUACAGGGGAGAUCACUGCAGCUCUGAAAGACAUCUCUCACUUGGAGAAUGACCUCUGUAGAAUGGAGCAGGAAAUUCUGGACACUGAUAAGGAUUGUCAAAUGAAAACAGACUUGGUUUCAAACACCAGGAGGAAGUGUGCCCUACUGAAGACUUACUCAUCACAGUGUGAUAGGAUGGCCAGGGAGUUCGAGGAAUACACAAAUCAAAUGACAAAAAAGAUGACUGUUAUCACUAAAAGAGCCAAGAAAACCACAGAAGAUGAGGAAUACUAUUCCCGUAAGAAGAGCUCUACUGACGAUGAUCAGAGUGGACUGUCCUCAGGUCUGGAGAGUAAAUGUAGUAGAGAUGUAAGAAAGACAUGUGAAUAUAUUGGGAAAUUCCUUCUUGGUGCCUUGCAGGGAGAAUUUGGUACAGAUAAAAAUGUUUUUCAUCAGAAGAAGCAGUUACUGUGGAAGUAUAUGGAGGAAACAUUUUCUGACCACUCUGUGCAGCAGAUUUAUAAUGCCUUAGUUACCAAUACCCAGAAUGCAGCAUUCAACAUGAGAGACCAGGCUUCAAAAGUUGACAUUAGAAAAGAUGCUGAAAAACUAAGAUUUAAGUAUGAGAAUUCUGGGGAGCUGACAGACCUUUCUAAAUCUCCCUCAUUGCUACAGAGUGUUCAUCAGCUGCUGGAGGAAAACCGAAUGAAUCAAGUAAAAAGAUUCAUAGAAACAGAGAAAUAUUUAAACAGUGCAUGGAGAAAUAAUCAACAGCUAGAGGAAUUAAACACAAAGAUAGACAGUCAUCUGAAGAAAAUGUUCCGAAAUUCCGGAGAUCUUAAUCUUGCAAGGAGUUUGAUAGAUUUAGAGGUGGACCUAGCAGCAAACCGAGCCAAACUUCAAUGUUUAUCACAAGAGGCGACGCUAUUACGUGAAAAUAUUGCAGAUGCAUUGAGGGAGAAGGAAAUUCUUUUUGUGAAAUAUCAUAAAAUACAAGAUUUUAAAGAAAUAGCGAACAAGAAGCAAGAAUUGAUCCAAGUCAUUGUCAGACAAAACAUGAAUGCAAAAUCACGCCUAGAAUCUCAAAGGGACGAGAUAUUGAAGUACAUAGAGAAGUCAUCAGAGAGUCAUCCUAUGGAGACAAAGCUUCUGAGAGAUGACCUUCAUGGAUUUGUAAAUAAAGAGGUGGAGAAGUUCUCUACCCUGGAUGUCCCUCAGCUGUUGUUCUGUGAUUCCUCCGACAGGGCAUUAAAAAUAGCAGUCAGUGACAUGUCCAUCUACCAGACCAGUCCACACACAGCCAGGGAAUCCAUCCAUCACAUUCUCCAACAUCUGGGAUUCAGGCGUUAUCAGGCCCCUGAACUGUUGAUGUGGAAGUGCAUUGAACUUAAAAGGAAGAUAAAUCAGCUAGAACUACAGUCCUCCCCACUGAAUGUGAAAGGACAGGAUGGGGACAAAGUUAAGCAGAUUGCAGAUCUUUGUGAGAGAGUGAGGGAGCAGGAUAAGGCGUUAUUAGAGAGAAGUUUACCUGUACUACAACAGAGACUUCACCGUACGGGGGCAGCCCUCACAGACUGUCACACUGUGUCAGAAAGACUGCAGGAAUGGUGGGACCAGCCAGCUCAGUACACAGUGCCCUGGGUAAAGGUGGACCAGAAUACACUACAGCAAUGGCAAAACAGGUGGACCGUUCUCUCUACCAAGUACAGGCAACUGAUGCUGCAGAAAGCUUAGCAAGGGGUGAACAAAAUGUAGUGUAAAAACGUCCAUAGUGAUUUCACUUGGUGACUAAAAUGACUGAUUUACAUGUCUUCAUAUACAAAAAGUUUUCAUGUCAUUUGUUGUUUUUCUGAAAAUUAAGAAUUAAAAAACUGAUUUCACUCAA